AUGUCAACAACAGUCGCAGUGCACGUGCCGGCGUGGAAGAAGAUUGGCUUGAAGCUCAAGAAGGCGGGCGAUGAGCCGGAGGUGAAGGACGUGGUGCCAGCGGCGGCGGUGAAGGACGUGCCGGAGGUGAAGGCGCAGGACGACAGCGAGGACAAGAAGGAGCGCAAGCGGAAGAAGAAGGAGCGCAAGGAGAAGGAGAAGGCGGAGGCGGGGUCGGCGGACAAACCGGCGGCGGCGGCAGAGGACCAGGAUGCAGCGAAGGAAAAGAAGAAGAAGAAGAAGAAGGAUAAAAAAUCAAAGUCCUCUAGCACCUCCGAGUCCACCACCCCCGCCGCCCCCUCAACACCCACCCCCACAAUAACAACAACAACAACAACCGCCACUCCAAAACCCGCCGGCGGCGCCGACCCCAAAUCUCUCCUCCUCCGCCACCCGCGCGCGCCCCCAACUUCCCGCAAAUCCGUCACCUUCACCUCCGACACAAAGGCCACCGACGGCGACUCCAUCAAGACGCUCUACCAGAACCACGACCCCUUCGCGCACUACGACUCGUACCAGCAGCACCUCGCAAACUACCCCCCCGCCAACGAGCUACCCGCCGGUUUCGACGAUGCCGUUGAGCCCAAGGGCGCAGAGAUACAGUACAAGUUCGGGUCCACGGGCAAGAGGAAGAAGUUUACCGACGACGACGAGGAGGAUGCUGCUGCUCCUUCUGGGGCUUCUGUCGGGGGUGUGAAGGAUGCGAUUUCGGCGACUACCACCACCACCACCACCACCACCACCACCACCACCACGUCAAAGGACAAGCAAAAGAGGGAGAAGGAGAAGAAUGCGACCGAGAAGAAAGACGACCCCACCACCGCCCCCUCGCCCAAAAAGCGCAAGACCAACUCCGCCGCCCCCGCCAAGCCCUCCACCGCCCCCACCACAAACACAAAGCCCUACCUCCACUACCUGACCGCCCACCACCUGCACCGCGACACCUGGAAGUUUGAGAAGAGCAAGCAGAACUGGAUCCUGCGGCACGCCUUCGACACUGCGCAGAUCCCCGACACGCACGCUGACGCGCUGCGCGGGUACAUCUCGAGCGUGCAGGGCGCGGCGGCGCGCGAUCGGCUGCUGGAGGCGGCGAACGAGGUUGUGAAGCGCGGGAGCGACACGAUUAGUCGUGAUGGGGAGAAGGUGGAUGUGGUUAGUCAGAAGGAGGGCGUGGGGAGGGCGAAGCUUGUGUUGGCGGCGUUGGGGCACGGGGAGGAUGAAGAUGAGGAGGAGGAGGAGGAGGGCAGUGGUAGUGAUAGUAGCGAUAGUAGUGAUAGUAGUAGUGAUAGCGACAGUAGUGAGGGUGAGGAGUGA